CUAUAAGGUAUAAUGAUAACGAUGAAAGGACAGCGUAUUGUGAGAUUUUUAUACCGAUAUUCAAAGCUUUUGGAAACACCAUCCAAAAACUCGAAUACACUUGUUUUGCUGCAGUAGAGACAUAUUUUCAAUUCUAAUGCAUCUUUCUGGUUGUUUGAAUAAAGGAUGACAACUUCUUGGAGAGUCUCCAAACAGCAAAAGCAAAGAAAAACACAUGUCAACAUAUUAUUUUUGAACUGCAACUCAGUCUUUUAUAAUGUACUAGUGUCCUAUUUAAAUAUCAAAUGCCUGAAUCACUAUCGACUUUCUAACUGUUUUAUAAACCGAAGUCUGUACAUAUCAUCUACUUACAAAUCAACUGAGUUUUAAAAAAAAC